AUGACGUCGAGGGCCUUUACGGAAGGCAAGUUUCUCGUGCCGCCUGAUUUACGGCGACCUCUACCGGAGCCGAAGAAAAAGGAGCUGCCGCCCAAGCCGAGAUCAAAGUCAAAGUUAACGCAACUAACGCAACCCGCGAAAUCGCCCCAGCCCGAGUCAAGCAAGCGUGUGAAGUUCGCGAAGUCAAAGAGGUCUACGAAAGGAAAGAAGCCAAAGCCACAAAAACAACCUGAACAACCAAAGCCACAGCACCAACAGCAACAUGAGCCGAUACCUCCGCCACCGUUCCAACCGCAUCCAUUCCGACGGGAGACAAUACUUGAGCUGAGGCAGAACCCGCCGAGUCUGUCUGCAGCGCCGACCAAAGAAGCUACAAUGAAGUCUCAGAUCGCUCUGCCCAGAGUCAAGCCGAAGAAAGUCAAAAGGCGUAUGGCCACUAUCUACGACGUUAUUGCCCGUCGUGUCGGUCCUCAUGGAUUCCUUAAGAAGGCGAGGGCUUCCAAGUACCGGGAUACCACAUCGUCAACACAAAAAUGCAUUGCCCCGAUGGAUCAUCUCUUUAAAAGACCGGUCCAUUGGAACAACAAGGUCAAGGGAGAACCGUACUUGAAAACCGACAAACUUCCCCCGGAUAACCCCAUGGACCGGAAGAUGAAGUACCCCAGGAACAGAUUCCCCGAUAACGAUCUUCUCACUGCGAUGCACGCCUACGCCGCCGACAAAUACAUCUUAGGACACGAGCGAGGCCGAAAGAACCGGAAUUUCGUUAGCUUUAACGAGUCAGCCCUACUCGCAUUCGGCAUCUUAAUCGAAGAGCUGAGCAGAUCCGCAGUUGGUCCCAGCGGAGACAUUCCUAUGCUUCGUCCUUCUGUACCAGAAGCCGAGGAGAACAGGAAAAUCGACGCACUGGAAUGGUGGUGGCGAGGCAAUAAACGCCGCAAGGACCAAAAAUUUGUUCGUGAGAACUAUCGUGUUGAAUACAAUGGGAAUCGGGUGCGCUUUGUUCGUACGCGAAAGAGAAAGUCAAAGAGUCAGCCUGAGGAGGAAGUCAAGGACGAAGGCACGGAUGCAAAGCCUGAGGAUACAGAUGGACACUCCGUCCAGGACGAGCGCAGCACUUCCAUUCCGCGCAGACCUAGGCCUCUUAAACGUCGCAGGUCUACGUCCAGAAGCCAAUCUGUGUCUCGUUCCCGGGCCGGUUCUAAGAAGAGGAGGGUUGAGCUGUCGUCUGAAUUUGUUCACGACAGUGAUUAA